UACCGGGGGUGGAGCGAAAGCAGUCUGGUCCCAGUAAGGGGAGGAGAAAACGGGGAGCAGAGGCGGUACUUUCUCCGCGGCUCGUUUCUCGGCGCUGGAGACUGUGGGACCAGGGCUGGAGAGACCGCCGAGGAGCAUCAGCAGAACCAGUCCAGCACGGAUCCGUCGCCCGGUCGACCGCUGCGCCGUGCGCUCUUGUUCGGGACUGCACAAGAUUCCUGUGAAAUAUAACUGCUCUUAAUGGCAUGUGGCUUGUAACUUUACUUCUGCUGUAUUCUUUGCAAGAAGUUAACAGUGAGGAUGUUGUCUCUACGCGGCUGUACUUUGUGAACGCCUCCUUGCAGCGGGUGACCUUCUCUAGCUCGGUGGGGGUGUCCCUGCCCUGCCCCGCGGGCGGCGCCCCCCAUGCCGUCCUGCGCUGGUACCUGGCCACUGGAGAUGACAUUUACGAUGUGCCCCAUAUCCGCCACGUACAUGCCAAUGGCACCCUCCAGCUCUACCCCUUCUCCCCAUCUGCCUAUAACAGUAUCAUCCACGACAACGAGUACUUCUGUACUGCUGAGAACCAGGCAGGCAAGAUUCGAAGCCCCAGCAUCCACAUUAAAGCAGUGUUCAGGGAGCCCUACACGGUACGUGUGGCCGACCAGCGCUCCAUGCGGGGUAAUGUUGCCGUGUUCAAGUGCCUCAUCCCCUCAGCUGUCCAGGAGUAUGUCAGUGUCGUAUCUUGGGAAAAAGACACUGUCUCCAUCGUCCCAGGUAACCGUUUCUUCCUGACCUCAUCUGGUGCUCUGUAUAUCUCAGAAGUGCAGAAGGAAGAUGCUCUGUCCACCUACCGUUGCAUCACAAAACACAAGUACAGUGGAGAGACUCGCCAGAGCAAUGGAGCCAGGCUCUCUGUUAUGGACCCUACGGAGUCCACCCCGUCAGUGCUGGACAGUUUUCAGUCCAGUGAGGUGCAGGUGGGGCACAAUGUGGAACUACCUUGCAUCGCAUCUGGAUAUCCAAACCCCACCAUCCGCUGGCUAAAGGAUGGGCGGCCAUUACCUGCAGACUCACGCUGGACGCGGCGCAUCACUGGCCUCACAAUUUCUGACUUGAGACUUGAGGACAGCGGCAACUACAUCUGUGAGGUCACCAACAGCUUUGGCUCUAAAGAGGUGACAGGUCACCUUAACGUCAUAGAGCCGCUGCGGGUCACGUUGUCACCCAAGAAUCUGAAGACUGGGAUCAGCAGUACCGUCAUCCUGUCUUGUGCCGUCCAGGGUUCCCACUUCACUGUCUCCUGGUACCGUAAUACAGAACCUGUCCUGCCCAACCAGCAUUUCUCUAUCCAGGGGGCACACAACGAGACGCUGUACAUUUCUGCUGCUCAAAAGAGACACUCAGGAGCGUAUCAGUGCUUUGCCACACGCAAAGGACAGACUGCCCAGGACUUCUCCAUCAUACUGCUGGAAGAUGGUACACCACGUAUCGUCGCCUCUUUCAGCGAGAGGGUGGUGGUCCCUGGUGAGCCGUUUUCCCUCAUGUGUGCUGCUAAAGGAGCUCCUCCUCCCACCAUCACCUGGACCCUGGACGAUGAGCCUGUGGUCCGCGACCUGUCACGCAUUCGAGCCAGUCAAUACACACUAUCUGACGGCAGCACUGUGAGCCAUGUGAACAUCAGCAGUCCACAGAUUCGCGAUGGAGGAGUGUAUCGGUGCGCCGCACGCAACUCGGCCGGUAGUGCCGAGUACCAAGCGCGCAUAAACGUAAGAGGUCCUCCAAGGAUUCGGCCAAUGAAGAACAUCACUGCCGUAGCUGGAAGAAAUACUUUUGUUAACUGCCGUGUGAUUGGCUAUCCUUACUACUCAAUCAACUGGUACAAGGAGGGGCUUCUGCUGCCGGACAACCAUCGGCAGGUGGUGUAUGAGAACGGGACUCUGAAACUAAGUGAUGUUCAGAAGGGGAUGGAUGAGGGAGCCUACGUUUGCAGUGUGCUCAUCCAACCGCAGCUGUUCAUCACACAGACCGUCUUCGUCACCGUCAAAGUUCCUCCUCUGAUCCAGCCGUUUGACUUCCCGCCAACCUCCAUCAGUAAGUUGAUGUACAUCGCCUGCGUGGUGUCAUCUGGAGACAUGCCCAUACGCAUCACUUGGCGCAAGGAUGGCCAGGAGAUUGUGCCCUCCUCGGGCAUCACCAUUGACACCAAGGAGUUCAUGAGCUCCCUCCAGAUAUCCAAGGUGUCACUCAAACACAAUGGCAACUAUACCUGCAUUGCCAGCAAUGAUGCUGCCACUGUCAGCACUGAGCGGCAGCUCAUAGUCACAGUGCCUCCUCGGUUCGUGGUGCAGCCAAACAACCAGGACGGGAUCUACGGGAAGGCAGGAAUCCUAAACUGCUCUGUUGAUGGUUACCCUCCUCCCAAAGUGAUGUGGAAGCACGCCAAAGGUGCACUAGCGGGCAUCGGGAACCCUCAGCAGUACCACCCUGUGCCUCUGACGGGCCGGAUUCAGAUCAUGAGUAACGGCUCUCUGCUUAUCAGACAUGUUCUGGAAGAGGAUCGUGGCUUCUACCUCUGUCAGGCCUCCAACGGGGUGGGCUCAGACAUCAGCAAAAGCAUGGUCCUAACUGUCAAGAUCCCGGCAAUGAUCACCAGUCACCCCAACACCACCAUGGCCAAGAAGGGUCAUGUGAAGGAGCUGAACUGCACAGCCAGAGGAGAAUGGCCCAUCAUCAUCCGUUGGGAGAGGGGUGACACAGUUAUUGACCCAGACCGUAACCCCAGGUACUCCAUUACCAUCAGUCCCAAUGAGAAGACAGAUGAGGUGUUGUCCACGCUCAAGCUGAAACCAGCAGAGCGUGAAGAUUCAGUGUUCUUCUCCUGUCAUGCUAUCAACUCUUACGGAGAAGGACGAGGUCUAAUUCAGCUCACAGUGCAAGAGCCCCCAGACCCUCCCGAAUUAGAAGUCAGAGAAGUAAAAGAUCGCAGUAUGAACCUCCGGUGGACGCAGAGGUUUGAUGGGAACAGCGUCAUUACCUCUUACGAUAUUGAGUACAAAAACAAAACAGAUUCCUGGGAGCUGAAGCAUGCAACUCGUAACAUCUCGCCCACCAACAAUCAGGCCAAUAUCGUCGAUCUUCACCCUGCCUCUGUAUACAGCAUUCGCAUGUACUCUUACAACGCUAUAGGCAAGAGUGAAGCCAGCAAGGAACUCACUAUCAGUACUGAGGAAGCACAGCCUGAUGGUCCACCCAUGGAUGUUAUCCUACAACCGGUAACAUCUCAAAGCAUCAGAGUCACCUGGAAGGCUCCCAGGAAGGAGCUGCAGAAUGGCAUGAUUCGUGGUUAUCAGAUCGGCUACAGAGAGAACGGUCCAGGCAGUAACGGCCAGUACAGCAUUGUGGAGAUGAAGGCCACCGGCGACAGUGAGGUAUACACCCUGGACAACCUGAAGAAGUUUGCCCAGUAUGGUGUGGUUGUCCAAGCCUUCAACCGAGCUGGCACAGGUCCCUCUAGCUCGGAGAUCAAUGCCACAACACUGGAAGAUGUUCCCAGCCAGCCUCCUCAGAACGUGCGAGCCAUUUCCGUGACGUCUGAUGAGGCUGUGAUCACAUGGGCUGAACCGCCCAGACUGACGCUGCACGGUGUAUUAAAAGGAUAUCGUGUUGUGUUCUGGGCUGUUUUCCCAGACGGAGAGUGGGGUGAAAUGCAAAACAUUACCACCACCAAGGAGCAGGUGGAGCUCAGAGGCCUGGAGAAGUUCACUAACUACAGCAUCCAGGUGCUGGCAUACACCCAGGCUGGAGACGGCGUCCGCAGCAACGUGCUGUACAUCCAGACCCGCGAAGACUACCCUGGACCCCCAGCUGGCAUCAAAGCUGUGCCGUCCUCUGCCAGCAGUGUUGUGGUGUCCUGGUUACCCCCUCACAAGCCAAAUGGAAUCAUCCGCAAGUACACCAUCUACUGCUCCAGCCCAGGGUCGGGCCAACCGCUGCCCAGCGAAUAUGAAGCCAAUCCUGAGCUUCUGUUCUAUCGUAUUACCCACCUCAACCACAGGCAGCAGUACCUGAUCUGGGCAGCAGCUGUCACCACUGCAGGUCGAGGUAAUUUCAGCGAUAAAGUCACAGUGGAGCCAGCUGCCAAAGCACCAGCUAAGAUCCUGUCUUUUGGAGGUACAGUGACCACUCCAUGGAUGAAGGAGGUGCGACUACCAUGUAGCUCAGUAGGAGAACCAACACCUUCUAUAAAAUGGACCAAAGACAGUGAGGACACAGCCAUUCCAGUUUCUGUCGAUGGGCAGCGUCUCAUUCUGGCUAACGGGACACUGGUCCUGCGCUCCAUCAAAGCAGAAGAUUCUGGCUACUACACCUGCACAGCCACCAAUACGCUGGGCUUUGACACCAUCUUAAUCAACCUUGUAGUGCAAGUCCCUCCAGAUCAGCCUCGUCUAACUGUCUCUACCACCUCCACAUCUUCUAUCACUCUGGCGUGGAUACCAGGAGACAAUGGAGGCAGCUCGAUAAGAGGCUUUGUGUUGCAGUACUCUGUCGAUAACACGGAAGAAUGGAAGGACGUGUUCAUCAGUUCCAGUGAGCGCUCCUUUAAAUUGGAUAACCUACGCUGCGGCACAUGGUAUAAAGUCAAGCUGGCUGCCAAAAACAGUGUUGGGGCCGGACGUAUCAGUGAGAUUAUUGAGGCAAAGACACACGGGCGAGAACCACAGUUCAACAAGGAUGAGCCAGUCUUCACACACAUUAACUCCAGCCACGCCCGCCUCAAUCUGCAGGGUUGGGCCAGCGGAGGCUGUCCUAUCAGUGCCGUUACGUUAGAGUUUCGACCAAAAGGUACAUGGGCGUGGCAGAGUGUGCGUACCAACGCCACGACAGACAUGUUCCUGGCAGAGUUGCGUGAGGCCACAUGGUAUGAGUUGAAGAUGAAAGCUUGCAACAGCGCAGGCUGCGGCAACCAGAGUUCACAGUUUUCUACACUGGAUUAUGACGGCAGUACGAUUCCACCAAUCAAGUCCCCGCUGGAAAAGAAUGACGAUGUCAAGAAACUGUUUUCUAUUGGCUGUCCCGUAAUCUUGGUCACGCUGGGUGUUGCACUUCUCUUCAUCAUUCGUAAGAAACGCAAGGAGAAGAGGCUGAAGAGACUAAGAGAUGCCAAAAGCCUGGCAGAGAUGCUCAUCAGCAAAAACAAUCGAAGCUUUGACACGCCAGUGAAGGGACCUCCACAGGGUCCGCGGCUACACAUCGACAUUCCCAGAGUGCAGCUGCUAAUCGAGGACAAAGAAGGCAUCAAGCAAAUUGGUGAAGAUAAAGCCACAAUCCCUGUAACCGACACGGAGUUCAACCAGACUGGGAAUCCUCAGAGCUUCUGCACAGGUGUUUCUGUGCACCACCAAGCCCUGAUCCAGAACAGCGGCCCUCUAAUUGACAUGUCGGACAUCAGGCCAGGAACCAAUCCCGUAUCAAGAAAGAGCGUGAAGUCAACCCACAGUAUUAGGAACCGUUACUCCAGUCAGUGGACCCUGACCAAGUGCCAGUCGUCCACACCAGCCCGAACUCUCACAUCAGACUGGCGCACAGUUGGCUCUCAGCAUGGCAUUACUGUCACUGAAAGUGACAGCUACAGUGCCAGCCUCUCACAGGACACAGAUAAGGGACGCAAUAGCAUGGUGUCAACAGAAAGCGCCUCCUCCACGUACGAGGAACUAGCCAGAGCGUACGAGCAUGCCAAGCUGGAGGAGCACCUGCAGCAUGCCAAGUUUGAGAUUACAGAGUGUUUCAUCUCUGACAGCUCAUCUGACCAGAUGACCACAGGUACCAAUGACAAUGCAGACAGCAUGACGUCCAUGAGCACGCCGUCAGAGCCGGGUAUCUGCCGUUUCACUGCCUCGCCACCAAAACCCCAGGAUUAUAAUCGUGGCAAGAAUGUAGCUGUGCCCAUCCCUCACCGAGCCAAGAGUGACUAUUGCAACUUACCCCUCUACAUGAAGUCAGACCCCUUCUUCCGGAAGCAAUCAGAGCAUCAUGAUCCUUGCCCAGUGGUUCCACCACGUGAAGCUUCCAUUCGCGGUCUGGCCCAGCGAGCUUACCACUCCCAGGGUCGCCAUGUGACUGUGGACUCUGCAAAGCAGCAGGCCUUAACCAUGGGCCACUCUGGCCUGACCAGCCUCACCUUCUCUGGGGCCUCAUCUGGAGGAGCAACAGGCGGCGGCAGUGGGAGUGGAGGAGUGUCUGCUAGUUCAAGCAGCUCCACGCUUCCCCAGAGGACUCUGAGCAUGCCCGGGUCCUCUGCCUCAGUCGCCCAGAGUGCAGCCGCUGCUGCUGCUGCUGCUGCAGGGGCGUCAUCAUCCUCUGGUGGAGGGUCAGCGGGGGCCACAGGAGGGACCCCUGGAGGUGCCUCUUCAUCCUCCUCCAAGAUGGGAGGGUCCAGAGACUCUCUGCUGGAGAGCAGCUCCUCGGGCCUAGGCAGACUACAGAAGCAGAAGGAUGGAGGGGCGGGGGCCUACUCCAAGUCCUACACACUGGUUUAGCCAGCCAUCACUGCGGCCUGUCACUAGAACUCUCAAUUCAAUGCUGGUCGAGCCAGCACUUACCUGGAGCCUCUAAGGGAGGGCGGGGGGGAGGGGGGAUAAAGAGGUGAGGAACGUACACAUGCACAGCUGACCCGACAGCACCUGUGUGGUACCAGGCUGCAGCGGGCCGCUUGGGUUCCCAUUGAUGCCACCGGAUGAAGGAGUCAGCUGCGGGUCUCCACAGCACAGGGGCUUUGCCUUUCUUUCUGCCUGAUCUCUUUUUAUUACUGUUGUGUUCUCUUGCUCUUAAUUUCACCACCCUGCAAAUCACUUGCCAAAACGCAAAUGAUUUAUCUGUUGACUUCUCAUCCCCCCCCCCCCCCCCCCAGUAAGACAGUACUUAUGCACAGAAUUCCAUGUGGGGUGUGUGAUCACGUUUUGAGGCGGGGAGGUGGAUGAAGACAGUAAUAGAACGGACGAGAUGUUUCAGAGUUUUUUUUUUUUAAGUUAAAGAUGUUUCAGUUCUGCUCUGUGCUGGAAGAAGAGCUCAUAUCAGGCGGGAGGCUUUUCCUGUAUGCAUCAAUGUGUCCCAGUGGCUCUCAGAGGUUUCUCUAUCCUGGAUUCAUAUGUUUGAGGCAGUGGGAAAACUGUUGUCUCAACACCAGUUUUGGGACGUAGGGAAAUUUCUUACACAUGCAAUGGACG